GCGCGGAGGUCCGACUUUCGGCGGAUCCUCAGGAUCAGGUGGAGAGAAAGGCUGGCCAGUCCAUCGGCCGGCCUGAGGACCGUCGAGGCUGUCCGUCCCAUCCUCAAAAGGUGGAUGAAUAGGAGAUGGCCACUGACGUACCGCAUGACACAGAUACUGUCCGGGCACGGGUGCUUCGGGCGGUAUCUGUGUCAUGUGGCGAGGAAGGAGCCGACGACCGGCUGCCACGAGUGCGGAGGUGUGGAGGACACGGCGCAACACACGCUGGACGAAUGUCCAGCGUUCGAGAGUGAGCGCCGUGUCCUCACACGAAUAGUGGGGGACGAUCUCUCGCUGCCGAAUUUAGUUCGGAGGAUGAUCAGUAGCGAGAGAUCGUGGCUGGCGGUGAGCUCCUUCUGCGAGGAAGUUAUCUCGCGGAAGGAGGCGGCGGAAAGGGAGCGGGAGUCAGAUCGUCCCGCUUCCCUCCGCCGCAGAAGAGCCAGGCCUAGAGGUGGGGGCGUACCCAACUCCGCCCCCCUCUAUCCCCCACUGGGGCCGGGCUUCCACAAUACAGGGACCAACAAGGCCCAGUGGAUCGAAAAUUUGACUGAUAACAGAUAG